AUGUCCUUUUUCCUUUUUUUUUUUCUUUUUUUUUUCUUUCUUUCUUUUCUUUUUAAUCAUUUCUUUUCUCCCUUUAUUCCUAUUCUCUCUCUUCCUUUCUUACUUUCUUUUCCUUUUUUCUUCCUUUCUUUCUCUCUUCUUUCUUUCUUUUCUUUCUUUCUUUCUUUCUUUUAUUCCUUCUCAUUCUUUUUUUCUUCAUUUCUUUCCUUCUCUUUCUCCUUCUUUCUUUCUUUCUUUUUCAUUGACUUCUCUUUCCUUUUUCUCUUCUUUCCUUUUCUCUCUUUUUUUUCUUUUUCAUUCUUUCCUUCAUUCUCUUUCUUUUCUUACUUUUAUUUUCUUUCUUUCUUUCUUUUUCCUUUUAUUCCUUCUCUUUCUUUCUACUUUUUUCCUUUUAUUCAUUCUCUUUUCUUUCUUUUUUUCUUUCUUUCCUUGAGCUUUCUUUUUUUUCUUUCCUUCCUUUUUUUCUUUCUCUUUCUUUUCUUUUUCUUUGCUUUCUUUCCCUCUUUUCUUUCUUUCUUUUUUUUUUCUUUUCUUUUUUUUUUCUCUUUCUUUCUUUUUCUUCCUUUUAUUCUUCUCUUUCUCCUUUUUUCCUUUUUCUUCCUUUCUUCCUCUUUAUCUUUUUCCUUUUUAAACUUCCUUUCUUCUUUUCUCUCUCUCUUUCUUUUAUUUUUCUUUUCUCUUUUUCCUUUCUUUCUUUUCUUUUAUCUCAUUUUUUUUUCUUUCUUUUUCUCUUUCUUUUCUCCUUUCUUCUUUUUAUUCUUUCUCUUCCUCUCUCUUUUUUCUUUCUCUUUCUUCUUUCCUUUUCUUCCUUCUCACUUUAGUCUUUCCUUCUUUCUUCUUUUCUCUUUUCCUUCUCUCUCUUUUUUUCUUCCUUUUUCCUUUCUCUUUCUUUCUUCCUUUUAUUCCUUCUCUUUUCUCCUUUCUUUUUUUUUUUCCUUCUCUUUCUUUCUUUUUUCUUUCUUUUUCUUCCUUUUUCCUUUUAUCUUUCUUUUCCUUUUUAUUUCUUUCCUCCUUUUCUUUCUUCCUCUUUCUUUUUCCUUUUAUUUCUUCUUCUCCUUUUUCCCUUUUUCUUUCUCUCUUUUUCUUUUUUUCCUUUCAUUUUUUUUUUCUUUCCCUUUCUGCCUUCUCUUCUUUCUUUUCUUUCCUCUUUCCUUUUUCUCUUUUUUUCUUUCUCUUUCUUCCUUUUUUUCAAUUCUUUCUUUUUUUCUUUCUUUUCCAUUUUCUUUUCUCUCUUUUUCUUUUUAUUCUCCUUUUCUUUCUCCUUUCAUUCUUUUUUUCCUUUUCUUCUUCUUUUCUUUUCCUCAUUUUUCUUUCUUUUCUUUCUUUCUUUCUUUCUCUUUCUUUUUUCUUUCUUUCUUUCUUUCCCCUUUCUUUUCUUUCUCCCUUCAUUCUUUUUCCUUCUCUUUCUUUCUUUUCUUUCACUUUUUCUUUUCCUUUCUUUUCUUUUCUUUCUUUUUAUUUCUUUCUUUCUCUUUCUUUUUUUCUUUCUCUUUUCUCCCUCCUUUUCUUUUUUUCAUCUUUCUUCUUUUUCUUUUCUUUCUUUUUCUCUUUCUUUUUUUCUUUUUCUUUUUCUUCUCUUUCUUUUUCUUUUUCUUCUCUUCUCUUUCUUCUUUUUUUUCUCUUUUUCUUCUUUCUUUCUCUUUUCCUCUCUUUUCUUUUUUUCUUUUUCUUUUUUUUCUUCUUUUCUUUCUCUUUUUUCUCUUUCUCCUUCUUUUCUUUUUCUUUCUUCUUUCUCUUUCUUCUCUUUCACUUUUUUCUUUCUUUUCUUCUUCUUUUCCAUCUCUUUCUUCUUUUUUUCUCUUCUUUUCUUUUUUUUUCUUUCUUUUCCUUUUCUUUCUCUUUUUCUCUUUCUUCUUUUUCUUUCCUCUUUUUCUUUCUUUUCUUUCUUUUCUUCUCUUUCUCUUUUCUUCUUUUCUUUUUUUCUUCUUUUCUUUCUCUUUUCUUCUCUUUCACUUUCUUCUUUUCUUUCUUGCUUCUUUUUUUCCUUUCUUCUUUUCUUUUUUCCUUUUCUUUCUCUUUCUUCUCUUUCCACUUUCUUCUUUUUUUCUUCUUUUUUCUUUCUCUUUCUCUUUUCUUUUUCUUUUUUUUCUUUUUUCCUUUCUUCUUUUCUUUCCUUUCUUCUUUUCUUUUCUUUUCUUCUUUUCCUUUCUUCUUUUUCUUUCUCUUUCUUUCUUUUCUUUCUCUUUCUUUUUUUUUUCUUCUUUUUUUUCUCUUUCUUCUUUUCUUUUUUUUUAUUCUUUCUUUCUCUCUUUUCUCUUUCCACUUUUCUUUCUUCCUUUUCUCUUCUUUUUCACUUUCUUCUUUUGUUUCACUUUCUUCUUUUCUUUCUCUUUCUACUUUUCUUUCUCUUUCUUCUCUUUACUUUCUUCUUUUCUUUAUCUUUCUUCUUUUCUUUCUCUUUCUUCUCUUUACUUUCCUCUUUUCUUUCUUUUUCUUCUUUUCUUUCUCUUUCUUCUCUUUCACUUUUUUCUUUUCUUUUUCUUUUCUUCUCUUUCACUUUUCUUUUUCUUUCACUGUCUUCUUUUUCUCUUUCUACUUUUCUUUUUCUUUCUUCUCUUUCUUCUUUUUUCUUUUCUUUUCUUUUUCUUCUUUUUUUUUUCUUCUUUCUUUCUCUUUCUUCUUCUUUCUUUUUUUUUUUUUCUUUUCUUCUUUUCUUUCUCUUUCUUCUCUUUCACUUUCUUCUUUUCUUUUUCUUUCUUCUCUUUCACUUUCUUUUUUCUUUCACUUUCUUCUUUCUCUUUCUUCCCUUUCACUUUCUUCUUUUCUUUCACUUUCUUCUUUUUCUCUUUCUACUUUUCUUUUUCUUUCAUCUCUUUCACUUUCUUCUUUUCUUUCACUUUCUUCUUUUCUUUCUCUUUCUUCUCUUUCACUUUCUUCUUUUCUUUCUCUUUCUUCUUUUCUUUCUCUUUCUCUUUUUCUUUCACUUUUUUCUCUCAUUUUCUUCUUUUCUUUCUUUUUAUUCUUUUCUUUCUCUUUCUUCUCUUUCACUUUUUCUUUUCUUUUUCUUUCUUCUUUUUCACUUUCUUCUUUUGUUUCACUUUCUUCUUCUCUUUCUCUUUCUACUUUUCUUUCUCUUUCUUCUCUUUACUUUCUUCUUUUUCUUUCUUCUUUUUCUUUUCUUUUCUUUCUUUUUCCUCUUUUCUUUCUUUUCUUUCUUUCUUUUUUUCUUUCUUUCUCCUUCUUUCUUCCUUUUUCUUUCUUUUUCUUCUUUUCUCUUUCUUCUCUUUUCUCUUUCUUCUUUUCUUUCCUCCUCUUCUUUUCUCUUUCCUACUUUUCUUUUCUUUUCUUCUCUUUCUGUUUUCUUCUUUCUCUUUCUUUUUCUUCUUUUCUUUCUCUUUCUUCUCUUUCUUUUCUUUUUUCUUUUCUUUCUUUUUCUUCUUUUCUUUCUCUUUCUUCUUUUCUUUUUCUUCUUUUUCUUUUCUUUCUUUUCUUUUCACUUUCUUUUUUCUUUUUUUUUCUUCUUUCUCUUUCUUCCUUUCCUUUCUCCUCUUUUCUUUCCUUUCUUCUUUUCUUUUUUUCUUUCAUCUCUUUCCUUCUUCUUUUUUCACUUUUCUUCUUUUCUUUUCCAUUCUUCUUUUUCUUUCUCUUUCUUCUCUUUCAAUCCCUGUCUAUUUUCAUUCGCUCAUACUUCAUCUCUCCUUCUUUCCAUCCUACUUGCUUCUAUCCUUCCUGCAUUCCUAUUUACUUGCCACUUUCCUUCUGUCCUUUUACUUUCAUUCGCUCCUUCCAUCUCUCCUUCUUUCCAUCCCCUUGCUUCUAUCCUUCCUGCAUUCCUUAUUUUCCUAUCUAUUUUCCUUUGUCCUUGUCCUUCCUCUCCCUUCUCCAUCCUACUUCCAUCUCCCUUCUCUUUCUAUUUUGCACUUUCUUUCUGUCCUUUCUACUUUCAGUCGCUCCUUCCAUCUCUCCUUCUUUCCAUCCUACUUUCUUCUAUCCUUCCCAUCAUUCUAUUUUUUUUCCAUUCCUUCUUGCUUUCAUUCUUCCUUCCAUCUCUCCUUCUUUCCAUCCCCUACUUGCUUCUAUCCUUCCUGCAUUCUAUUUUACUUUCGCUUACCUUCUGUCCUUUCUACUUUCAUUCCUCCUUCAUCUCUCCUUCUUUCCAUCCUGCCUUUUAUCCUUCCUGCCCCUUUCCUUCUUUCUGUCCUUUCUACUUUCAUUUCGCUCCUUCCAUCUCUCUUCUUUCCAUCCUACUUGCUUCUAUCCUUCCCUACAUUCCUAUUUUACUUCCCUUUCCUUCUGUCCUUUUCUACAUUCCUUGCUCCUUCCAUCUCUCCUUCUUUCCAUCCCUACUUGCUUCUAUCCUUCCUGCGUUCCUAUUUUACUUGCCACUUUUUCUGUCCUUUUCUACUUUCAUUCGCUCCUUCCAUCUCUCUUCUUUUCCUCUUCUUCUAUCCUUCCUGCAUUUCCUAUUUUGCAUACCUUCUGUCCUUUCUACUUUCAUUUCGCUCCUUCCAUCUCUCCUUCUUUCCAUCCUUCUUGCUUCUAUCCUUCCUGCAUUCCUAUUUGCCCCUUACACUUUCCUUGUCCUUUCUACUUUUCAUUCUCUCUUCCAUCUCUCCCUUCUUUCCAUCCUACCUUCUAUCCUUCCUGCAUUCCUAUUUUUUACUUGCCACUUCCUUCUGUCCUUUCUACUUUUCAUUUCUCCUUCCAUCUCUCCUUCUCCAUUUUCCAUCCUUCUUGCUUCUAUCCUUCCUGCAUUACCUUCUUUUACUUUUCUACUUUCAUUCCGCUCCUUCCUUUCUCCUUUCCAUCCUCAUUGCUUCUCUCCUUCCUUUCCAUUUACUUGCUUCUAUCCUUCCUGCAUUCGCUCCUUCAUCUCUCCUUCUUUCCAUCCUACUUCUUCUAUCCUUCCUACUUUCCCUUUUAUCCCUUCCAUCUCUCCUUUCUUUUUCAUCCUCCUUCCAUCUCUCCUUCCUUCCAUCCUACUUUUAUCCUGCCUAUUUUUCCUUCUGUCCUUUCUACUUUCAUUCGCUCCUUCCAUCUCUCCCCUUCUUUCCAUCCCUACUUGCUUCUAUCCUUCCUGCAUUCCUAUUUUACUUGCCACUUUCCUUCUGUCCUUUCUACUUUCAUUCGCUCCUUCCAUCUCUCCUUCUUUUACAUCCUACUUGCUUCUAUCCUUCCUGCAUUCCUAUUUUACUUGCCACUUUCCUUCUGUCCUUUCUACUUUCAUUCACUCCUUCCAUCUCUCCUUCUUUACAUCCUACUUGCUUCUAUGCUUCCUGCAUUCCUAUUUUACUUUUCCUUUCUCUGUCCUUUUGCUUUUCAUUCUCUCCUUCCAUCUCUCCUUCUUUCCAUCCCUACUGGCUUCUAUCCUUCCUGCAUUCCUAUUUUACUUGCCAUUUCCUUCUGUCCUUUCUACUUUCAUUCGCUCCUUCCAUCUCCCUUCUUUCCAUCCUUUCUUCCUUCCUGCAUUCCUAUUUUGCUUCGCCUUUCCUUCAUGUCCUUUCUCUUUCAUUCUCCUUCCAUCUCUCCUUCUUUCCAUCCCUACUUGCUUCUAUCCUUCCUGCAUUCCUAUUUUACUUGCCACUUUCCUUCUGUCCUUUCUACUUUCAUUCGCUCCUUCCAUCUCUCCUUCUUUCCAUCCUACUUGCUUCUAUCCUUCCUGCAUUCCUAUUUUACUUGCCACUUUCCUUCUGUCCUUUCUACUUUCAUUCAACCUUCCAUCUCUCCUUCUUUCCAUCCUGCUUGCUUCUAUCCUUCCUGCAUUCCUAUUUUGCUUUACUUCCUUCUGUCCUUUCUAAUUUCCUUCUGUCCUUUCUACUUUCAUUCCCUGCUCCUUCCAUCUCUCCUUCUUUCCAUCCUACUCUUUCUUUCCAUCCUUCCUGCAUUCCUAUUUUACUUGUCACUUUCCUUCUGUCCUUUCUACUUUCAUUCGCUCCUUCCAUCUCUCUUCUUUCCAUCCUACUUCUUCUAUCCUUCCUGCAUUCCUAUUUUACUUGCCAAUUUCCUUCUGUCCUUUCUACUUUCAUUCAUCCUUCCAUCUCUCCUUCUUUCCAUUCCCUUCCUGCAUUCCUAUUUUACUUUUUUUCCUUCCUAUUUUUCAUUCUCUUCCAUCUCUCCUUCUUCCAUCUGCCCUUCUAUCCUUCCUGCAUUCCUAUUUUACUUGCCCUUUCCUUCUGUCCUUUCUACUUUCAUUCGCUCCUUCUCUCCUUCUUUUUCCAUCCUUUACUUGCUUCUAUCCUUCCUGCAUUCCUAUUUUACUUGCCACUUUCCUUCUGUCCUUUCUACUUUCAUUCUCUUUCCAUCUCUCCUUCUUUCCAUCCUACUUCUUCUUUCCAUCCUUCCUUUACUUCUAUCCUUCCUUUGCAUUCCUCUUUUCUUUCCACUUACUAUCCUGCAUUUCCUUCUGUCCUUUCUACUUUCAUUCGCUCCUUCCAUCCAUCUCCUUCUUUCCAUCCUAUUUUUACUUGCUUCCUUCUGUCCUUCCUGCAUUCCUUAUUUUGCCUAUCCUUCCUUCCUCCCCUUCUGUCCUUUCUACUUUCAUUCGCUCCUUCCAUCUCCUUCUUUCCAUCCUGCUUGCUUCUAUCCUUCCUGCAUUCCUAUUUUACCCUUACACUUUCCUUCUGUCCUUUCUACUUUCAUUCUCCUUCAUCUCUCCUUCUUUCCAUCCCUACUUGCUAUCCUUCCUGCAUUCCUAUUUUUACUUGCCACUUCCUUCUGUCCCUUUCUACUUUCAUUCAACCUUCCAUCUCUCCUUCUUUCCAUCCUUUCCUUCUAUCCUUCCUGCAUUCCUAUUUUACCCUGCUCCUUCUUUCCUUUCUACUUUCAUUCUAUCCUUCCAUCUUUCCUUCUUUCCAUCCCACUUUCAUUCCUAUCCUUCCUGCAUUCCUUCAUUUUACUUGCCUACUUUCCUUCUGUCCUUUCUACUUUCAUUUCCUUUCUACUUUCUUCCAUCUCUCCUUCUUUCCAUCCUCUUGCUUCUAUCCUUCCUGCAUUCCUAUUUUACUUGCCACUUUUUUUCUGUCCUUUCUACUUUCAUUCCUCCUUCCAUCUCUCCUUCUUUCCAUCCUACUUGCUUCUAUCCUUCCCUGCAUUCCUAUUUUACUUGCCACUUUCCUUCUGUCCUUUCUACUAUCAUUCGCUCCUUCCAUCUCUCCUUCUUUCCAUCCCCUUGCUUCUAUCCUUCCUGCAUUCUAUUUUACUUGCCACUUUCCUUCUGUCCUUUCUACUUUCAUUCCGCUCCUUCCAUCUCUCCUUCUUUCCAUCCUCUUGCUUCUAUCCUUCCUGCAUUCCUAUUUUACUUGCCACUUUCCUUCUGUCCUUUCAUUCAUUCCUUCCUUCCAUCCUUCUUCUUUCCAUCCUACUGGCUUCUAUCCUUCCUGCAUUCCUAUUUUACUUGCCACUUUCCUUCUGUCCUUUUCUACUUUCAUUCGCUCCUUCCAUCUCUCCUUCUUAUCCUACUGCUUCUAUCCUUCCUGCAUUCCUAUUUUUGCCCUUACUUUCCUUCUGUCCUUUCUACUUUCAUUCCCUCCUUCCAUCUCUCCUUCUUUCCAUCCUACUUGCUUCUAUCCUUCCUGCAUUCCUAUUUUACUUGCCACUUUCCUUCUGUCCUUUCUACUUUCAUUCGCUCCUUCCAUCUCUCCUUCUUUCCAUCUUACUUGCUUCUAUCCUUCCUGCAUUCCUAUUUUACCUGUCCUUUCUUCUGUCCUUUCUUCUUUCAUUUCGCUCCUUCCAUCUCCUUCUUUCCAUCCCCUGCCUUCUAUCACUUCCUGCAUUCCUAUUUUACCAUAA